GAGGGAUGGGCUGCGCCCCCAGCAUCCACGUCUCGCAGAGCGGCGUGAUCUACUGCCGGGACUCGGACGAGUCCAACUCGCCCCGCCAGACCACGAGCGUGUCGCAGGGCCCCGCGGCCCCCCUGCACGGCCUCUUCGUCCAGACCGACGCCGCCGACGCCGUGCCCCCGAGCCGCGCGUGCGGACCCCCCGGCGCCGCCCGCGUCCGCAGGGCCCGCGCCGAGCUGGGCAGCGGCAGCAGCGCGGGCUCCGCGGCCCCCGCCGCGACCACCUGCAGGGGCCGGAGGCGCCACUGCUGCAGCAGCGCGGAGGCCGAGACCCAGACCAGCUACACCAGCGUCAAGCAGGUUUCUUCCGCGGAGGUACGCAUCGGGCCCAUGAGACUGACACAGGAUCCUAUUCAGGUUUUGCUGAUCUUUGCAAAGGAGGAUAGUCAGAGUGAUGGCUUCUGGUGGGCCUGUGACAGAGCCGGUUAUAGGUGCAACAUUGCUCGGACCCCGGAGUCAGCCCUUGAAUGCUUUCUAGAUAAACAUCAUGAGAUUAUUGUCAUCGAUCAUCGACAGACUCGAAACUUUGAUGCAGAAGCGGUGUGCAGGUCGAUCCGGGCCACAAACCCCUCAGAGCACACGGUGAUCCUUGCGGUGGUUUCACAAGCAUCAGGUGACCAUGAAGAGGCCUCAGUCCUCCCUCUUCUGCACGCAGGCUUCAACAGGAGAUUUAUGGAGAAUAGCAGCAUAAUUGCUUGCUAUAAUGAACUGAUUCAAAUAGAACAUGGGGAAGUUCGCUCACAGUUCAAAUUACGGGCCUGUAAUUCAGUUUUUACAGCAUUAGACCACUGUCAUGAAGCCAUCGAGAUAACAAGCGAUGACCACGUGAUUCAGUACGUCAACCCAGCCUUUGAACAGAUGAUGGGCUACCACAAAGGCGAGCUCCUGGGGAAAGAACUCGCAGAGCUGCCCAAAAGCGACAAGAACCGGGCAGACCUUCUCGACACCAUCAACACGUGCAUCAAGAAGGGCAAGGAGUGGCAGGGGGUUUACUAUGCCAGACGGAAAUCCGGGGACAGCAUCCAACAGCACGUGAAGAUCACCCCAGUGAUUGGCCAAGGAGGGAAAAUUAGGCAUUUUGUCUCCCUCAAGAAACUGUGCUGUACCACUGACAACAACAAGCAGAUUCACAAGGUUCAUCGGGAUUCAGGAGACAAUUCUCAGACAGAGCCUCAUUCAUUCAGAUACAAGAACAGGAGGAAAGAGUCCAUUGAUGUGAAGUCGAUAUCAUCGCGAGGCAGUGAUGCACCAAGCCUACAGAAUCGUCGCUAUCCGUCCAUGGCAAGGAUCCAUUCCAUGACCAUCGAGGCUCCCAUCACAAAGGUUAUAAAUAUAAUCAAUGCAGCCCAAGAAAACAGCCCCGUCACAGUAGCAGAAGCCCUAGACAGAGUUUUAGAAAUUUUACGGACCACAGAACUGUACUCCCCUCAGCUGGGUACCAAAGAUGAAGAUCCUCACACCAGUGAUCUCGUUGGAGGCCUGAUGACUGAUGGCUUGAGAAGGCUGUCAGGAAACGAGUAUGUGUUCACUAAGAAUGUGCACCAGAGUCACAGUCACCUUGCGAUGCCAAUAACCAUCAACGAUGUCCCCCCUUGUAUUGCUCAAUUACUUGAUAAUGAGGAAAGCUGGGAGUUCAACAUCUUUGAAUUGGAAGCUGUUACACAUAAAAGGCCAUUGGUUUACCUGGGCUUAAAGGUCUUUUCCCGGUUUGGAGUAUGUGAAUUUUUACACUGUUCUGAAACUACACUUCGGGCGUGGCUCCAAGUGAUUGAAGCCAACUACCACUCCUCCAAUGCUUACCAUAACUCCACCCAUGCCGCCGAUGUCCUGCACGCCACUGCCUUCUUCCUUGGAAAGGAAAGAGUGAAGGGAAGCCUCGAUCAGCUGGACGAGGUGGCAGCACUGAUUGCGGCCGCAGUCCACGACGUGGAUCACCCGGGGAGGACCAACUCUUUCCUGUGCAACGCAGGCAGUGAACUUGCCGUGCUCUAUAAUGACACCGCUGUCUUGGAGAGUCACCACACAGCCCUGGCCUUCCAGCUCACGGUCAAGGACAGCAAAUGCAACAUUUUCAAGAAUAUUGACAGGAACCAUUAUCGAACACUGCGCCAGGCUAUUAUCGACAUGGUUUUAGCAACGGAAAUGACAAAACACUUUGAACAUGUGAACAAAUUUGUGAACAGCAUCAACAAGCCAAUGGCAGCUGAGAUUGAGGGCAGCGACUGUGAAUGCAACCUUACUGGGAAGAACUUUCCUGAAAACCAAAUCCUGAUCAAGCGCAUGAUGAUCAAGUGUGCUGACGUGGCCAACCCCUGCCGGCCCCUGGACCUGUGCAUUGAAUGGGCCGGGAGGAUCUCUGAGGAGUAUUUUGCACAGACUGAUGAAGAGAAGAGACAGGGGCUCCCCGUGGUGAUGCCAGUGUUUGACCGGAACACCUGCAGCAUCCCCAAGUCCCAGAUCUCCUUUAUUGACUACUUCAUCACAGACAUGUUUGAUGCCUGGGAUGCCUUUGCACAUCUGCCAGCCCUGAUGCAACAUCUGGCCGAUAACUACAAGCACUGGAAGACGUUAGAUGACCUCAAGUGCAAAAGUCUGAGGCUUCCAUCUGACAGCUAAAGCCAAGACAGAGAAGGGGAGCUCUUGAUCUGCAGAGGCACCAGGAAGCACAGUAGUGUCAACAAGAGGCUUUCCUUCAUCAUCAGAAUGGCAGGGAUAGGUUAAGGAGCUAAUGUUUAACAAUGGACUUUGAAUCAUUCAAGUCCCCAAAUUUCAUUUUUAGAAAGUUAUGUUCCAUGAAGAAAAAUAUACGUUCUUUUGAACAAUCACUUAGUGGCAGAACAAACACAAGGCACAAUCCUUGGCCCUGCUGUCAUCCUCUGUACCCUCGCCAAACCAUGGAGCUGAUUCACUGUAACUAGCAGGACACAGUGGCAAGACUUGGUGCCUCUGAGCUCAUCUCUCUGGAUGACAACCAAGUAGCUUAGCUAGUGUUCACCUCAUCUCUUAUCAUAAAAGUCACCGUCACUGUUUAACUUGACUAUUUUCCUCAAGAGUAUGUCUGAAGGAUUCAUAAGAAUAUCUAAGAAAAAAAAUCAUACAAAAUGAGCAAAACAACCGGGACCAAAUUACUGAUAAAUUAGUUAGCUUCACCUCAAUGGCUAGGUGGUUCUUCUGAUGGAUGGUGUGACACCCAAUUUAAAACACAGCCUUGGCCUGGUGAGUGCCUUCUCUAGACUGGGAGCAGCCUGUGUAGCCCUCUUUCCUGUAAAAGGGAUUCAUCGUAAAGAAAGCCACCCAUGAUGGGGAAGGGAGGGACAUCUUGUUUUGGGGGAAUCCAUGAGCUUCCCUUAUUUCUGGUUUAUAGAGGCAGUCACGAGGCACUAUAGUGAGUAUUAUAUAAAAGCCAUUAAAUCUGAAUGCCCUUGGACAAGCUUUUUUUAAAAAGAUAAAAUUUAUAUACGUUUGCUGUUUAAAAUUUUUAUUAAAGCAAUCUAAAUUUUCUGGGUAUAAGUCCAUGGAGUAUGUUGUGCCAUCUACCCUCUAUACGUAUAUAUCGGGGAGGGGAUGGGGGAGUUUCAGAUGUUUUAACCUAUCUAUAUUUGAGAUCAUGCCAUUUUGCUUUAAUGAUGUUAAAAAAAAAAAAAAGACUGCAAGAUGUGUAAAUAUAUCAGAAAAUAGGCAUAUGGGGAAGCAGUAAAUACUAUUUUAAGCUAUUAAUUGUAUGCUAAAAGCUUCUAAAGCACAAGUGCAUAUUUUUAUACAACUCUUCACAACUUUCUGUGAUCCACAUAAAGUCAGACUUGAGAUUUUCCUUUUUUCUUUUCUUCCUUCCUCUUACCAACCAACCCUUCUCUAUGUAGUAUAAAUAUUAGAAACUCAGUAAACAAAAUAUCUUCAUUUUCGUUUCAAAUUCUCUGUACUCCAAUCUGCAUUUUUAAGAGGUAUACACAGACCGAAUUAAUUGAAUCAGUACUUACUUUUUUCAAAUGAAAAUUGGAAUGCAGAACACUUGAAACUAGUACAUGGGAAGUAAAAAAAAAAUGACUUAUCACUACAUAAUGUGCCAAUGUUUUUUCUAUAUUUUGUACCAAAAAAUUGAAACAUAUAUGCUAAUUCCAUGCAAAGAAAUGUAUCUAAAUUAUUUUUGUUAGAUGCUAAGAGAACUUGCUUGCUCAGGUCAGCAGCUAGCUUUGUAUUGUAAUGCUGCAUUAUGUAAAUGUGAUGAAAAUGUUUUUGUGAAGUACUUGUAACUAAAUUCCUACAGCCAUU